CCUGCUUAUAUAAAUGAAUGGCAUUUUCAUCUUCAGCAUAAAACAUUUAGAUCAAACUCGUUUCAACAAGUAAAACUAUGUUGGUUUUGGUAAUUCUUCAAUUCGGCUUUGCCUUGGGUACAUCCUGGAGUGUUCCGAAAGAAUGCUAUCCAGUGUUCAGUUGUUCGUACAGGUUUCUAGACGUUGAAAAAUUCUUUUAUGAUGGCGAUGCUUUAAAGGAUGUCAGUGCAGAAACAGUUGACGAGCUAUGCCAACAUUUGAAGAAAAAAUCCGUUUGUAAGGAGGCAGAAAAGUGUAAAGAGAUGGAUUUUGUAACUGAAAUGAUGGCUGAAAUAGAAAGAGCUGUUUGUGUUGAGUAUAAGAAAGAUAUUCAAGGUUUAGCACAAUGCUACAAUGAACCACAGUUCAGAUCAAAAUUCAUGAAAUGUGUCCAAGAUUCUUUUAUUGGCUAUAAUCAAAAUACGUGUGGGUUUGUGGACAGCCUGAAAGGCUGUGCUUCAAUUUUCCAGCAGUGUGAAGACCAACAACAUGCAUCUGCCGUUCAAACUAUGCUCGGCAAAUAUGGUACAACAAUAUGCAAUCAUCACAAAUUCAAUAUUGGAGCUCCUUAAUUUCAGCUCCAUCUUAAACCUUGGAUGCAUUUUGAUCUACCAAGGAAUAUAUAUAUUGAUCUACCAUGAAUAAAAAUAUUUUGUAACACCAAGAA